AUGACUCGACUUUCUGACUACCGCGUGCUUUCCUUCGAUGUCUACGGCACCCUGGUCGAUUGGGAGGGAGGCAUUCUCGCUGCAUUCCAGCCCACUUUAGACAAGACUAAAGCUGAAUUCUCACGCGAGCAUCUUCUCACCGUCUACCACGAGCUAGAACGCGAGCAACAGAGCAAGACUCCCGACAUGCCGUACCAUCAGUUGUUGACCACUAUUCACCCCAAGUUCGCCGAGCGUCUCGGUCUGGAUGUCCCCUCUCAGGAGGAAAACAACCGAUUUGGGGAGUCAGUCGGCAGUUGGCCCGCGUUCCCAGAUACUGUCGAUGCUCUCAAGCGUCUCUCCAAGCAUUUCAAGUUGGUUGUUCUAUCAAAUGUUGAUCGUGCAUCGUUCGCCAAAACCAACGCUGGCAGUCUAGAGGGCUUCCCCUUCGAUUUAGUUAUCACUGCUCAAGAUGUGGGCUCUUAUAAGCCCGAUAUUCGCAAUUUCGAAUACAUGUUGAGAACUGUGAAAUCGACAUUCGACAUUGAACCCUCGCAGGUCCUGCAAACCGCCCAGAGUCAGUUCCACGAUCAUCAUCCUGCCAGCAAGAUUGGAAUUAAGUCCGCCUGGAUUGAGCGACCCGGUGCCACGAUGGGAAAUCUGUCGGAUAAUAUUUACGAUUGGCGGUUCGACACUAUGGGCGACAUGGCCAAGGCAUAUGAGGCCGGACAAUAG